AUGCAACAUCUUAAACCAUGGCGAGCUCUGUUCCUGUUAACCGUGCUCUGCCAGCCAGGAUUCUCAGACAGAUACGGUUGUCUGUUUGAGAGAAAGCUGUGCACAAGGGAUCAGUUCUGCUCUGAUGACGGGCUGUUUGGACAGUGUCGUACCUCCAAGCAGGACCUGGUCCAGUACCAGGUGUCAGUUCCUGUUCUGAAGAGAAUGCAGGAAGUCCUCAAACAGCUCAUGCUACAAGGUCUUUCCUGGCAGAAUGACAUCACCCAGUAUAUUUUAUCAAAGGAACUGAAGAGAGUCCCCCACACCACCAUUCCCUCUAAGCCAAACUCCUCUUCCCCCUCUUCUCAUUCAUCUCAGUCCAAACAGCACAUCCCCCAUCACCACACUUCUAAAACAGGGUCCACAUCUCCUGCUGGCAACUAUGUGGACUACAUGAUUGUUGAGCCUCCUCAGUCCCCGCUUCGCAUGCAGGCAGCUUCCAUCGACCCAUACUCAUACCACCAGCACAGAUACCAAGAUGAAGUAGAGAGAUCCCUCAUUGGGGCAGUAGGCGGUUAUGCCCGUCCCUCUUCACGGUCACAGGCCAAUCAGAGAGAGCGAGAACGUGACAGGCAGCUGUUGCAAGAUGCCAUGUCUCUCUACCUGGCAUCUGCACAGCCGUCUUAUCGCCACCGAGGGGCCGCUUCCAUGGCUCCUGCAGGGCUCCCUUAUUAUGAGGACUUGGAUCUGGAGAUACCAAUGGACUACGUGGAAGACUACACCCUAGAGGAGAGACUCAGAACUACAGGCAGGCAACAAACACAGCAGAAUAAGAAGGUUUCUCAAGACUACAGCACCCUGUCUGGAAACAAUGAUGCCUUGCUCCAGAGGAUGUCAGGAGUCCUGCAGAAGUACGGCGUUGACCCCAGAGAGCUCAGUCAAGAGCAACUCUACAAGCUAGCCCUCAUACUGAAGCUGCUGCAGGCCCAAGAAAAAACAGAUUCAAAUGAGAAAGAUCUCGUCACCCUCAAGGAGAUGCAGCUGUUAAAAACAGACAGUGUAUCCAGUAAUUCAGAGAAGCCUGCCCCUGUCCCUGGUCCACCUGAUGCCCCUUCUGCCCCCUCCUCUGCCUCGGUAGCAGCGACACCUCCAGCCAAGAGCACCAGCCACCCACCUUCUGCCUCCCAGCCUCCUCAGGCUGCUCCUGCUGCUGCUGGACAGGGCACAAGGGAACAGAGACCGCCACUGGUGGAGGGUACAGGAGCUAAGGAGGAGUAUGGGUACAUUGUUACCAACCAGAGUCCUCUGGGUUUGUAUGAUGGAGUGAAGUUGUUGGAGCUACUUGCUGAUAAAAUACACCUGACAACCAGCAGCUUCAUCAACAUCAGUGUGGUUGGCCCUGCAUUGACGUUUCGUAUCCGCCAGAAUGAGCACAACAUGACUGCGGCAGAGGUGGCUGCUAAAGCUGUAUCUGAAAAGAACUUCCUGGAGUCUGAGACAGGCCUGAAGAUUGUACAGACUGGUGUAGGAGAGAGGACAGAUGCACGGGGUCUCCCUCAAGUAACCAGGGUUUCCCAGGGCUCUAGUGGGACAUUCAUCACCCUUGUCUCCAUGGCAGUUGUAGGAGGAGUGUUAGUACUGGCCAUGGCAGUAGCUUGUCUCAGGCACUAUUCUCACCAAGUGGCCAAUGGCAAGCUUGGCCUGGGGCCAGAGGCAGGAGCGGAAACACAUUUUGACUACCAGGAAUUAUGUCGGCAGCACAUGGCAUCCAAAUCCUCCCUGUGCCGCCAGGACUGUAUGGGAGGGGGGGGCACAAGCAUGGGGGGAUCUGCGAUAGCCACGGGUGCUGGUGGACGACGGGGAACAGACACGUCCCGCGUCAGCAGCGUUUCCUCUCAGUUCAGUGAUGGUCCCCAGCACAGUCCAUCCUCCACCCACAGCUCCACCCCAUCCUGGAGCGAAGAGCCCGCCCAGACUAAUAUGGACAUCUCUACUGGUCACAUGAUACUGGCAUAUAUGGAGGAUCACCUGCGUAAUAAGGACCGCCUUCAGAAGGAGUGGGAGGCGUUGUGCUCCUACCAGGCUGACCCAUGUUCAGUAGCUGUGGCUCAAGACCCAAGCAACAUGAACAAGAACAGGCACACUGAAUCCCUCCCCUAUGAUCACUCCCGUGUGAAGCUGAAAACUGAGUUAAACCCCAACAAACAAGAUUACAUCAAUGCUAGCAUCAUUGUUGAUCAUGACCCUCGCCAGCCAGCUUACAUCGCUACACAGGGACCUCUGUCUCACACUGUUGCUGAUUUCUGGCAGAUGGUGUGGGAGAACGGCUGCACAGUGAUAGUGAUGAUGACGGCUCUGGUGGAAGAUGGAGAGAAACAGUGCGAGCGAUACUGGCCUGAUGAGGGUUCAUCACUGUACCACAUCUAUGAGGUGAACCUGGUGUCAGAGCACAUCUGGUGUAAGGACUUCCUGGUGCGUAGCUUCUACGUGAAAAACGUCCAGACGCAGGAGACCAGAACCUUGACACAGUUUCACCUGCUAAGCUGGCCGGCUGACGGCAUCCCCACAUCAACACGGCCGCUGCUCGACUUCCGCAGGAAGGUGAAUAAAUGCUACAGAGGUCGUUCCUGCCCAAUCAUCGUUCACUGCGGUGAUGGCACUGCCCGAACUGGUACGUACAUCCUCAUUGACAUGGUGCUGAACCGCAUGGCUAAAGGAGUGAAGGAGAUUGACAUUGCAGCCGCACUGGAGCACAUCCGUGACCAGAGACCUGGCCUGGUUUGCACCAAGGACCAGUUUGAGUUUGCGCUGACAGCUGUAGCUGAGGAGGUGAAUGCCAUCUUGAAAGCCCUGCCACAAUGAGCUGCAACACCCAGGA